UUCUGUGUUCUGUGGUCUGUUUCUUUUUUCAGGUUAUAAACUAUAAUCUGAUGUUUAUAAAUAAUUAUUUUCUUGUUAUGUCUUAAAAUCAGAGAGAUAUAAAAUGUCUUCUAAAAGAAAGCCGGAUUCGCAAGUUCCCGCCGAGGAAAGUGAUCAGUUGAUUAUUCGUCCACUGGGUGCUGGUCAAGAAGUAGGAAGAUCAUGUAUUAUGAUAGAGUUUAAGGGCAAAAAAAUAAUGCUUGAUUGUGGUAUACAUCCUGGUCUUUCGGGUAUGGACGCACUUCCUUUUGUAGAUCUGAUUGAAGCUGAUGAAAUUGAUUUACUUCUUAUUUCACAUUUCCAUUUAGAUCAUUGCGGGGCUUUGCCAUGGUUCUUAUUAAAAACUAGUUUCAAAGGAAGAUGUUUUAUGACACAUGCUACAAAGGCUAUAUACCGAUGGUUGUUGUCAGAUUACAUUAAAGUUAGUAAUAUUGCUACCGAACAAAUGUUGUAUACUGAAGCGGAUUUAGAAGCCAGCAUGGAUAAAAUAGAAACUAUAAAUUUCCACGAAGAAAAAGAUAUCUUGGGUGUGAAAUUCUGGGCUUAUAAUGCUGGUCAUGUCCUGGGGGCGGCAAUGUUUAUGAUUGAAAUUGCAGGAGUAAAAAUUCUUUAUACGGGAGAUUUCUCAAGACAAGAAGAUAGGCACUUAAUGGCUGCUGAAAUUCCCACCGUCAGGCCCGACGUCUUAAUAACCGAAUCAACUUAUGGCACUCAUAUUCACGAAAAUAGAGAGGAUAGAGAAAACCGAUUUACCAGUUUAGUUCACGACAUAGUUAAUAGGGGCGGUAGAUGCCUUAUACCAGUGUUUGCUUUGGGUCGUGCACAAGAAUUGUUAUUAAUAUUAGAUGAAUAUUGGGGUCAGCAUCCAGAAUUGCACGACAUUCCUAUUUAUUAUGCCUCUUCAUUAGCAAAGAAAUGUAUGGCAGUGUAUCAGACAUACAUAAACGCAAUGAACGAUAAAAUUAAGAGGCAGAUUGCCAUUAAUAACCCUUUCGUAUUCAAACAUAUAUCAAAUUUAAAGGGUAUAGACCAUUUUGAAGAUAUCGGUCCGUGCGUUAUAAUGGCUUCGCCUGGUAUGAUGCAGAGCGGGCUAUCCAGGGAAUUAUUUGAAUCCUGGUGUACCGAUUCUAAAAAUGGUGUUAUCAUUGCUGGUUACUGCGUGGAAGGAACUCUGGCAAAAACAAUUCUUUCCGAACCAGAAGAAAUCUCCACCAUGACGGGACAAAAGUUGCCUUUGAAGAUGUCGGUGGACUAUAUUUCUUUUUCUGCUCACACGGACUAUCAACAAACGAGCGAAUUUAUAAAAAUACUGAAACCGCCGCAUGUUGUGCUGGUGCACGGCGAACAGAACGAGAUGUCGCGGCUGAAGGCGGCGCUGCAGCGCGAAUUCGAGGAGGACCCCAGCAACCGGGGCAUCCAACUGCACAACCCCAGGAACACGCACACCGUGGAGCUGUAUUUCCGGGGCGAAAAGACGGCCAAAGUGAUGGGAACGCUCGCCGUGGACGAACCGCGACCCGGCAACGUCGUACAGGGUGUGCUGGUCAAGAGGAACUUUAAUUAUCACAUUUUGAGCGCGGACGAUUUAUUCAAGUACACGGAUCUGAGUUUGAGCGAGAUCACUCAGCGGCAAAGUCUGCACUAUUCGGGUAAUUCGGGCGUUUUGCGCCAUCUCUUGUCGCAAGUGUGCGGCUUGAUGGAGACCUUGGACGGCAACAAACGGAUGAAGGCGUUCAACGCUGUCGAAAUAACGAUCGAACCGAAACUAGUAACGUUAGAGUGGGUAGCGAAUCCAGUAAAUGACAUGUACGCAGACGCGAUAGUGGCCGCUGUAUUACAAGCCGAUUUAUUUGAUACGCCUACGAAAAAUAUGACUACUAGUGUAAAGGUGGACAGAAUGCAUUUUAAGGAGUGUCUUAUAGAAAUGUUGCAAGAUAUGUUUGGAGAAGACUCCGUUCCCAAAAUAUUCAAAGGAGAAAAAUUGUACGUCACCGUGAACGAAAAAAGGGCCGAUAUCGAUUUGGCUAAUUUAGAAGUGAAAUGUCCAAACGAUGAGGCCUUCCAGCAAAUAGUGCAAACUGCAGUAGCGAAGCUCUAUCAAAGUUUGGCUCCUCCUGCACUGGAAACUUGAAGGAAAAUGACUUCGUAGUCGCUGCUGAACAGGAACAAGUGACCCAUUUUGGAUU